GAACAUGAACUGGAUUAAUAGAAAUUUCUCAGAAAAAAAUAUUCAAACACCAAGGAUCUCACUUUGUGCUGUGAAAUGCAAGAUGAGCAAUCUGAUCUGGACAUAAUACCAGUCUUCAGUCAGGCAACAGGUGAAUAUGCAGGUAGAAUUAUAAUGUGUAAAGCCGGGUGCGGUGGCUCACGUCUGUAAUCUGAGCAUUUUGGGAGACUAACGCGGGCGGAUCACUUGAGGUCAGGAGUUCGAGACUAGCCAGGUCAACAUGGUGAAACCUCAACUAAAAAUACAAAAAAAAGUUAGCUGUGCAUGGUGGCACGUGCCUGUAAUCACAGCCACUUGGGAGGCCGAGGCGAGAGGAUAGCUUGAACCCGGGAGGCUGAGGUUGCAAUGAGCAGAGAUGGUGCCACUGCACUCCAGCCUGGGCAACAGAGAGAGACUCUGGCUAAAAAAAAAAAAAAUUAUAAUGUAUAGGAUUGUGGAUGAUCACUCUAACCAACCAGUGGGCAAGUUGCUUUGCUCAGCGUAAGUUCAAACUGCCACAUCAGAACGUUAUUUGAGUGUAUACAUACACAACCAUUAAAAGUGGCCGUUACCACGAUGCAUUCUGGGAAAGAAGCAGCACCAAAUCCAAGAUGGCGGCCAGCAGGAGGCUGAUGAAGGAGCUUGAAGAAAUCCGCAAAUGUGGAAUGGAAAACUUCCGUAACAUCCAAGUUGAUGAAGCUAAUUUAUUGACUUGGCAAGGGCUUAUUGUUCCUGACAACCCUCCGUAUAAUAAGGGGGCCUUCAGAAUCGAAAUCAACUUUCCAGCAGAGUACCCAUUCAAACCACCGAGGAUCACAUUUAAAACAAAGAUCUAUCACCCGAACAUCGACGAAAAGGGGCAGGUCUGUCUGCCAGUAAUUAGUGCUGAAAACUGGAAGCCAGCAACCAAAACCGACCAAGUAAUCCAGUCCCUCAUAGCACUGGUGAAUGACCCGCAGCCGGAGCACCCGCUUCGGGCUGACCUAGCUGAAGAAUACUCUAACGACCGUAAAAAAUUCUGUAAGAAUGCUGAAGAGUUUACAAAGAAAUAUGGGGAAAAGCGACCUGUGGACUAAAAUCUGCCACGAUUGGUUCCAGCAAGUGUGAGCAGAGACCCCGUGCAGUACAUCCAGACACCCCGCAAAGCAGGACUCUGUGGAAAUUGAUACGUGCCACCGUCUGGCGUUCGCUUGCAGCAGUUACUAACUUUCUACAGUUUUCUUAAUUAAAAGUGGUCUAGGUAACCUGUAAAGAAACGGUUAAAAAUUUAAGAUGUUCUUAGAAAAAAAAAAAAAAAAGUGGCCAUUAGUAGACGGAACUAUACACUGGACUAGUUGGUGUUUUAAAAACAUGAAAUCUGGCUACCCUAACGGGAUAAGAGUUCAGACAUCAGGAUGUUGACACAGGGUCCUAUCAGAACCCAGGGUUUACUUAGAGAACAUAAAAGAAAAGAGACUGUAUGCUCUAUUCCUUGCUUUUUUUUUUUUUUUCUUUUUUUUUUGGUGGAUGUAGAUAGGAGAUGGGAUGAGAGUGGCCACAGGAAUUCGAUGGGUCGUAGGAAAUCCAUUUUUGUUUUAAUUGAUGUUUCCCGUUGAACUGACAUUUAGAUUGAAAUACCUGCGAGCCGGGUUUGGUGGCUCACACCUGUAAUCCUAUCACUUUGGGAAGCUGAGGUGGGUGGAUCACCUGAGGUCAGGAGUUCGAGACCAGCCUGGCCAACGUGGUGAAACCCCAUCUCUACUAAAAAUAAAAUAAAUAAAUAAAUAAAAGUAGCCGGGCGUGGUGGCAGGCUCCUGUAAUCCCAGCUACUCAGGAGGCUGAGGCAGGAUAAUCAUUUGAACCCUGGAGGCAGAGGCUGCAGUGAGCCCAGAUUGCGCCAUUGCACUCCAGCCUGGGCAACAAGAGCAAAACUCUGCCCCCCCCCCCAAAAAAAAAAUUGAUUGAAAUACCUGGAAUUCACACCAUAAUUGGGGUGUUUUUAGGCUGAAAUGGAGACAACAGAAGGUGAGGUGGCUUGGACUCAGGUGGCAUUGGUAAAGGAAAUGAAACGCAUGCAAAUUUCACAGACAAAAGAGUAGCUUUGCCACCUCUCAUUUUGGCUGGGCUGCUCUGAGGUGCUGCAUCUUUUAUAGUGUCUAGGCUCUCAUCCUUAAUGACAUUUUCAUAUUCUCCAUCCCCCAUCCCCCACCGCCUCUCCAGUGAGGCCUUUUUGACAAGCUGCACUUCCCUGCUUUAGUAAUUGGUGAUAAGAUUUGUCCUGUAGAACAUAUACAUAGAGGAUUGUUCACUCUCCUCCUUUUAUGAAAUAAUUUUUAGAAAUUGAGCUGUUAAAGGUUGUGUUUGCACAUAUUUUUUGGAACAAGAACUUUAAUUGAAGGAUCAAAAAGCCCAAGCUCUUGAUUUUGAAUAACUGAAGCCAGUGUCUAUAAUUUCUUGUAUCUAAAAUCUGUAGAAACUAGUUGUGUGAUUUCAGGGGUGCAUGGGGCCCCUUGGGUGUCUGAACAGAAGGGGGUGGGAGGGAGAGCCGCACCUCUGCACUUUUGCUCUGCUGGUGUAGUGGGCAGCUGCCCACCCCCACCCCAUCCUGCAUUGCAGGCUCUGGAGUCAGCAGAUUAAGCAUUUUAUAAAUUAUAUUUUAAGUAUAUAUUUUAAACUUGUCAAAAAGAUAAAUCUAGCUUCUUUUACCUUUAACUUGUAAAGAAAGUUUGCCUUCUUGAGUUCUCUUUGUCAUGGGCAGUAGGAGUAGCUCGCGUGAGUAUCAUCAGUGAAGGGAAACCCACACAUCUUGGUGAGCAACGAGAAAUCACCAUGUUAAGAUUCCAGGGAUUUUCUUCUCUGGUCAUUGUCGUAGCCAGUGUCUUCAUGGAAGACAUAUUUUCGUUUUAUUACCAUAUUUGAUGCCUAAGCAUUUAAUAAUCAGUUUAUGACUACUAAACUUUUGAGGAUCUUAGAAUUUAACUGGCUCUAGAAAGUGGCAGAGAAACCUACACAUGAUUCCAUGUCCUAAUCCAUAAGACAUGAAUGAUACAUGCUGAGGAGGGAAGGUGAGUCACUCCCCCUGUUAGUCUGAGGGAAUGUGUAUGAGUCAUUUUGUGCUUCUUUUUUUCUUUAUUUUAUUUUAUUUUUAGCAUAAUAAAGUACCAAACCAAGA